AUGCCGCUAAUAACGACCAUCUUGAACGACCAGGCUCCAUUGCUCCAAUACGACGAUAACUGGUCAGCUGGAUCGUCGCAGUCAGACAAUAACGCUAGCUUCUAUUACCUUGGAACAUUCUCGACAUGCACCGCGGCGAGUGGGAUUGUCAAAUUUAGCUUCAAUGGCACGGGAUUCGGAAUCUAUGGCGCCAAACGCCCUUUCCAUGAUUCGUACACGAUCACCGUCGAUGAGAAACAGGCCGCCACUCUCUCCGGAGACGAACCACAGAAUGAGGAACAGUACCGACAGCUGCUAUACAAUACGGGCUCUCUAACGCAAGAACUGCACGAAGUUUCUUUGACCAACGUGGGAGGCGGCUAUGUGGAUAUUGAUUUUGUUACAAUCCAGUCUCAACUUGGCAGCAGCAACCAGAUCAUUCAGACUCAUGCUAUCCAGGACACAGACUCCCGAUUCUCAUACAGCGGAAAAGAUUGGAAUGAGAGUCCCGCUAAUGUUAGCAUGUUCAACAAUGGCACUGGACACUCGUCGACGUUGGAUGGAGACGCCGUGUCUUUGUUUGGUUCAGUCGGACCCAACAACGGGUUCUACCAGGCUCAGCUAGACAGCGAGCCGACAGCCGACUACAACGCAACGAGGCAGAUACUUCUGACUCAGGUCAUGCUCUACCAUGCCGACAACUUGGGAUCGGGAAACCACCAGCUCACGCUCACUAAUACUCCUCAGACAGCUAGUCAAUCAUUGAACAUUGACUAUGCUGAGAUCAUGACCUAUCAAAGUAGCAGCACUAUCCCUAGUUCUGAGCUCAACGCAUCAACAUCCCAUUCUAGCAUCAGUAAUGGGGGCAUUGCAGGCUUAGUUGUACUUGGUGUUACAACUCUACUCCUUGCCCUCUCGAACUUUUAUCUUUUUCGGAGACUCCGGAUCACCGAGAGCCAGCAGGUGGACAUGUACAGGUCCUAUGCUGGUCGACCUAUGACGGAGUAUCAAACUGCUGCUUCUCAGGCGUUUACAUCGGCUAUAACCACAGACAUCUCUUAUGAUCCCUCGAGCCGCCUCGCUCGCUCGUCUCAGAAUGGAGCAUCCAGAGCUAAUCCCUUUGCUCAAGAGCCCCUGAACAAUGAUACAGGUCCAUCCGCAGAAGAAGGCCUCUUUGCGGAUCCGCUCCGAGACUCAGUCACCCCAACCGUCUCCACUUCUCUUCCAGACUAUGCGCAAGCAAUGUCCCGAGGUGUGCGGCAAUAG